AUGCUGUUAAUUGGCGCCCUCGCCUUGGGUUUAGUUGAAUCAACAAAUUCCAAUUUGGGCAUAAACAGUUUACCCUCUAGUACGGCGUCUAGCAAUAGUGUUGUUGCUAGCAGUGAUGGAAAUGCUGUGAUCGAUGGUGUACCUUCGGCUGUAUCGAUAUUCUUGCAUACGACAAUGAAUGCUGCAAUAGGAAAUAAUGGAAAUUUGAACGGGGGUGGUGGUCUAACGAAUAGUGGCGGUGGCAGUAGUAGUUCAGUUCCAUGGGACAGUAAUGCCACAAUACGCUCAGCAAGCCCGGGAGACUGGUCAAUUGAACAGUGCCUAAUAUGGCAGCGACCCCACCAUAUGUAUUUUCAGCUGGGUAAUGCCUUUUUGCUGUUGGCAUUUUUAGCUCCACACCGGCCUUUUGGAAUUCUUUGGCUACGAUCGAUGCUCGUAGUUGCAGCUGUACUAUUGGCUAUGUAUGGCUAUUUAAUAGAUUGUGCCCAAGACGUUGUACUGUGGUCAUCGUUAUUCUUCGGCAUUAACAUCAUAUACCUGAUUGUAGCGCUGUGUCGGCUACGACCUGUUCGUUUUGAACGAGAAAUAGAUGCGGUCUAUGAGGCUCUCUUUAAACCCCUACAUGUAUCUAGACAUCAAUUUAAGAAAGUUUUAAACUGUAUGAAAGUCAUAAGAGCUUUAAAAUACCAAGAAGUGUAUGCACAGGAAAAAGUCACAAAAGUUGACAGUCUGUCGCUAGUUCUGUCGGGAAAAUUGGUAGUGUCGCAGAAUCAAAGAGCACUACAUAUUGUGUUUCCGCACCAGUUCCUAGAUUCUCCAGAAUGGUUUGGUGUAUCAACAGAUGAUUACUUUCAGGUCUCUAUAAUGGCCAUGGAAGAAUCAAGAGUGUUAAUAUGGCAUCGAGAUAAAUUAAAAUUAUCCAUAAUGUCGGAACCAUUUUUGCAAACUGUUUUUGAUCAUAUACUGGGACGAGAUGUGGUCAAGAAACUAAUGCAAGUAACACAGGUUAGCGAGUCAAUUGCCAGUAAUGGAUUUCUGCCAUCAGGUAGUUAUGAUGAUGCGGAAGAUAAACCCAUGCUGAUAUUAAAAAAGAGCGCCGAAGGACACAGUUUAACAGCUUUAAUAAAUCGACAGUUACAAGCCCUCCCACGGAUAUCAAGGUACUAUGAAAGUGUAGGGGAUCCAAACUCAUGGCGUUUGGGACGCAUAGACGAGACUGAUACUGAAACGGCCGUAUGAGUACGCAAGAAAA